UGGCAAGAGGCUCCCGGAGUCCAGGCUUCCCAGGAGUGCUUACAGCUGGUGGCAGUCGUGCCAGUGCAUCCCUCCCGGGACCAGUUGUGUGUGUAAGCAAGAUGGCGUCUGACUCGUCUAGCUUUAACAUUGAUGCUCCCCGUUGGGACCAGAGCACUUUCCGGGGGCGCCUGAAGCACUUCUUUAAUGUCACGGAUCCCCGCACUGCUUUUGUGUCCGAGCAGGAGCUGGCCUGGGCUAAGGAGAUGGUGGAGAAGAGCAGGGCGGGGGACGUGCCCCCGGGCACCCGAGUGGAGCAGCUGCUGUAUGCGAAAAAGCUCUAUGACUCCGCCUUCCACCCUGACACCGGGGAGAAGAUGAACAUCAUUGGGCGCAUGUCCUUCCAGGUCCCCGGGGGCAUGAUCAUCACAGGCUUCAUGCUCCAGUUCUACAGAACAGUGCCAGCCGUGAUCUUCUGGCAGUGGGUGAACCAGUCCUUCAACGCCUUAGUCAACUAUACCAACAGGAACGCGGCUUCCCCUAUAUCAGUCAGGCAGAUGGCCCUGUCCUACGUCACAGCCACCACUGCUGCAGUGGCCACCUCCGUGGGCAUGAACUUGUGGACCAAGAGAGCUCCACCCUUGGUGGGCCGCUGGGUGCCUUUUGUCGCUGUGGCUGCAGCUAACUGUGUCAAUAUCCCCAUGAUGCGACAGCAGGAACUCAUCCAGGGCAUCUGUGUGAAGGACAGGAAUCAGAAUGAGCUUGGCCUUUCUCAGAGAGCUGCGGCCAUUGGCAUCACUCAAGUGGUCAUUUCUCGGAUUGUCAUGGCUGCUCCUGGCAUGAUCUUGCUGCCAGUCAUCAUGGAAAGGCUGGAGAAACUGCAUUUCAUGAGGAAAGUGAAAAUGUUGCACCUGCCGUUGCAGGUCACAUUGGCUGGAUGCUUUCUUCUCUUCAUGGUACCGGUGGCAUGUGGACUGUUCCCACAGGAAUGUGAAUUGCCAGUUUCCUAUCUAGAACCAAAGCUCCAAGACACCAUCAAGGCCAAGUAUGGAGACCACGUAUCCAGUGUCUGCUUCAACAAGGGUCUCUAAAUGCCCCACACCUGCAAGGACUUGUCCAUGCCCUGGACUCACCAGCUCCUCCCUGACAGCAGUGCCCACCUGUGCCCACAUUCCGCUUCACAACUAAGCCAGAAAGCCAGGCUGGAUUGGGAGGUCGGGUGGGUGAGUGGGAAGAUGCCUCCUGUUUCUAACCGAGUGCCUAGAGAGUGGGAACAGGGACCAAAGCCUUCUGUCUGCUCCCUUCUUAACCCCCAUCUCCUGGAGCCCAGGAGCAGAGGGAGUGACACUCUAGCAAACCAUUUGGAACAAUCAGGAAACUUUUAGGGUUCUGUUCCAGCCAGAGUUGAGGAAGAGUCCCUGAUAAGACAAGUCCUCUGUCCUCUUCCCUUCUUCCCCUCCUCUUCCAAACAAGGGAACCUUUUACCUGUGAGGCUUUCAGCCUGGCUUGGCAGGGGGAGGGGGAGGGGGGGGGAGGCGCAGUCUGUUAACCUGGCCUCCUCUCCACUUGUUUGCAUUUUGCAUUCCCCCCCCCCCCAUUGUACGCUGGCUGAGAAACAUCCUUGGGAGAGCUGCAUCCAGGAGUUAUUACUUUUUUAUUGACAACUUUCAUAAUUACAGACAGUAAGCCAUGAUAAUUCCCUCCCCACCCUCACUUUCCCCUUUGAAACCCCAUUCUCCAUCAUAUCCCCUCCCCCUCUCAA